AUGUCGCAAUUAGUCCCCAGUGGCCUCCAGAUCCCACCUGGCGUGAAUCACCGACAAUUCUUACUCUCUCUGCCCGCCAUGGGCUCUGAUCAGAUACCCAAAGGCGCAGACACCACAAUGACGAUCAAUGGUCCUGACCAGAUCUGGUUUCUGAUCGUCGCAAUAAUAUGCAUUGCAAUCCCAGGACUCUUCCUAGUACUGCGAAUCUACACCAAACUUGCUAUCAUGGGCUGCUUGGAGCCAGCAGACUAUUUUCUGUUCUUAACCUUCCCCUUGAUUGUAGCGGAGAUCGCUAUGGGAUACCAGAUGGUAAAAUGGGGGGCAGGGGUACACCAGUGGCAGGUCACACUGGGUCAACUGUUCAAUCAACUCUACUGGGCCAAUAUUGCACAGAUUAUAUACUGCCCGCUCAGUUUUGUAGUCAAGAUGGCCAUCCUCAUGCAGUAUCUCCGCCUCUUCGCGCCCUCACGCAGCGGCAACAAAUUCAUGUGGUACGGAGCAUGGGCAACGAUCGCGGCAACAUUCGUUGUGUAUACCUUCUUUACAUUUUGGACGAUGUUCUACUGCAAGCCCCGGCGGAUGAUCUGGGAUAAACUCACGCCAGGCGGCAAGUGCCAUGAUGUGAAUAACAUCAUUCUGAGUCAGGGAGCUUUCAAUAUGGCGUCUGAUGUUGUCGUUUUGUUUCUACCGACACUUUCUUUAUGGCAACUUAACGUACCUUUUGCACGGAAGAUGUUCAUCACGCUGUUGUUUGCAACAGGGCUGAUAGCAUGCAUUGCUUCAGCGAUGCGGAUCUGGUUCACCCUUAACAUUGCUGCAGUCAUUGCUGAGGCCGACGUAUCCUGGAAUGGUCUCUUCAUCGGGAUCUGGACAACUCUGGAGGUCUCUCUUGUCUUUGUUGUGGCAUGUGCACUAUGUCUACCCAAACUGAUUCAAUCAAAAGGUCAGAAGUUCAGAGUGGCACUGUCAUAUGCCUCCGCUCCCGUCUCUGUCAUUCCAGCAAUCGUUUGCAAGAGAACAGGGUCACCAGACGAUAUGGAGCCAAAUACUUCGCAAAGAAGUCAGAAGCCAGAACAAACUUCAACUUGGGAAGAAAUAGAGCUAAACGAGGAAACACCAAAGUAUCAUGAGCAGUAUGCGCAUACGCAGUGGCAGGAUGAGAUGAAACCCCGUCCGGGAACACCGUCGAGGGCGCUGGUCCAGUCGUUUACCGGUGCAGGUGGCAGUGAGCAGCCAAAACGUAAAGGAACGAGGCCAUCGGGUCAGUUUCAAGAUGGGUUUCAUCUGCAGCCGCUUCAUACACCAGAGUUCUCGAAGCAACAGCAACCAUGGAGGUCCGCCUUUAGCCCAUGA